UUCCCAGUGCUUUGGGAUUCUUGGACCUGUUUGCAUAAUUUCUUUUCAGCUGUUCAAAGCUCAGCUUUGGGUUCCCUAUCUCCUCCCAGCUCCUUGCUGAAGAGGAUCAGGAUCCAGGAGUAGUCAAAGGAGAGUUAGCAUCUCCCUUGUGCAGAGAGAACAGGUACCAACCACUGAGCUGUGAACACCUGCAGUGUAGCAUGGAGGGCAGUCAGAGCAGAUGACUGGCUGGGUGGUGAACCCCUCAAAGUGCAGAGGGACAUCAAGUGCUGGUGUUCUGCUGAGAGGAAGUGGCAGAGAGAUACUGCCACCACCAUGGAGGGGAUUGUGACCAUGUAUCAGGACUUCAUGAAGAAAGCAGACCCCCGCAUCGCUGAUUAUCCACUGAUGCAGUCCCCGUUCCUUGUAAUGGGCAUCCUUCUGGCAUAUGUCUACUUUGUACUAUCCUUGGGUCCCCGGCUAAUGGCCAACAGGAAGCCUUUAAACCUGAAGAAGUUCAUGGUGCUAUACAACUUCUUUCUGGUGGGACUCUCACUUUACAUAGUCUAUGAGUUCCUGAUGGCAGGGUGGCUUACUGGGUACACCUGGCGAUGUGACCCUGUGGACUUCUCGCAGGACCCCAAGGCCCUCAGGAUGGUCAGUGUCGCUUGGCUCUUUGUCUUCUCCAAGUUCAUCGAACUGACAGACACGGUUAUCUUUGUCCUACGGAAGAAGAAUGAACAGGUCACAUUUCUGCACCUCUUUCACCAUUCAGUUCUGCCUUGGAGCUGGUGGUGGGGAGCUAAGUUUGGUCCAGGGGGAAUGGGCUCGUUCCAUGCUAUGAUCAAUUCCAUGGUGCAUGUUGUCAUGUACUUCUACUAUGGGCUUUCAGCAGCAGGACCUGCCUUCCAGAAGUACCUUUGGUGGAAGAAGCACAUCACAGCCAUCCAGCUGGCACAGUUCGUGAUUGUCUCCAUCCACAUCUCCCAGUAUUACUUCAUGCCCAGCUGCCAGUACCAGUUCCCUAUCUUCAUCCACCUCAUCUGGAUUUAUGGGACCAUCUUCUUCAUCCUCUUCUCCAACUUUUGGUACCAGUCCUACACCAAGGGCAAACGGUUGCCCAGGGUGGCUCAGCAAGCAGCCCAGCACAAUGGUAGCAGCAUCCAUGAGAAUGGCACUGUCACCAACGGCAAGGUCAAAGCCAACUAGAGGGCAAGGCCCUCCCAGAGCCAAUGAGAGCCCCGGGGCAGAGGCAGCUGGGACCUGUUCCCCUGCUCCUGGGUGCCACUAGCCAAGUCAAGUGCCUACAGACUGUUGUACCCCUGUGCCCAGCCCUGCUGUCCUCUGUCUGCAUGCCCAGCCCCUCUGCUCUGAGCAGCCGUGGGCAACUUCUCCAGUUCCUGGAAGGGCUCGUGCGGUUUCUCAGUGUUGCUGAGCAGAGAGGCAGCUGCCUGCCUCACAGCUGUGGGGCUGCAGUCCCAUUCCAGUGUUUCCAAAGGAACUUCCCCCAAGUGCCUACAUCUGGCCCUUCUGCCUAGGGGCCAUUUCCUUCUGAGUAGGACCAAAAGAAGAGACUGGUCCCUGUCCUGGUGCCCUCUCCUCUACCCUGUCUCAUCACAGCCUGUGUGGGUGAGCAGACUUGUCCCUGGCUGCCUGCUGCUGCCAGCUCAAGUGUGAGUGCUCCUGCUCUACCAUGCCUUGUGCCAUUUUGUUCCAUGCCACAGUGCUGCAUGUCCCUUCUGGUCCCUGUGUGUCCAGGUGUGGGGUCCUGCCCUGGUGUAUGUGCUCAGGUGUGGCUGUGGAGAAUGUAGGGGCAGCGCGUAUGGGGCUCGAGGGCCCAGCCCUGCCCAGUACAGUACACGUGCCCUGUGCCUAGUACGUAGUAGGGGUUGUGACAGCCUGAAAUGCCUCACCCACGUGCUGAGCCCAGGUUGCCUUGCCUUUCUGUGCCUAGGCUGGGUGCUUUGUGUGCACUUGAGCCACACUUGCCUGAUCCUGUAUAGCAGCUGGAGGCUUGCUCUAGAAUGGGGGAGGCCAAGCUCAGCCUUGACUUGGACCACUUCCAUUCCUGCAAACUCAAGACUUGAGCAAUAAUUGCCCCUAGAAUCAGCUCCUGGGCUCUCCUGCUUGGGACCAGCCCUGGACUGGCCCAGCAGGAGCACAGCAGAGGAUGGCUGUAGUGUGCCCUGCUGUGGUGUAACAGCGAGCACCUCUUGCCUCUGUGGAUCUGACUGGACCUGGGUGAAGGUGUAUGCUGCCCUACAGCAGGGCAGUGCAGCAGCUCUCCUGGGCCUGGCACCCAUCACCUGCUCUGACUGUAACCAAAACCAUGCUGAUGGCCUUGAGGCUGAGGUGAAGGAGCCAGGCCCUGUCAGAUUGGGCUGCUCUUCUAUCACAAAUAAACAGACAGAAGGAGAAAUGGCUCUGCCCUCUUGUUUCCCUGUCUUGAUGUGCUCAGAAGUUGUUCCAGAUGCUUGGUCCUACCCAGUGUGGUUGGAGGCAGGGCUGGGAGAAGCAGCUGGCAUAGCAGGUUUGUGUGUUGGGGGGAGAGGGUGAUAGCAGUGUGCUGAUGAAGCAGAUGGCAGAUUAUUUCCAAGGGCUUUGGUAGAUCCGUGCUCAGGGCAGGAAAUGUGUCAAGGCUCCUGUUGUGAAAGUGGCUCCACCCUGUGAAAGAAUGGCUGGGGUGGAGUGUGGGUGUGGGCUGGGACCCAGGCCAGCAGCCCAGGAGGAGCUGCUGCUUUUCAGAAAUCCUGGGGAGCUGAGGUGUGGCAGAGCAGGGAAUAGAGACCCUGGAAACCUGGGUGAUGGGGAAACAGCAGUCUCUUGCUUUCUGUAUCUGCUGAAGCCAAAGCUGCUGCCAUCUGUGAUUGCCCCUGCAGCUUGGAUUUGUGCAGAAUGUAGCUCAGGUCGGUCAGAAGGAAGCUGAUGUUGCUGCUGCCUUGCUCUUGCUGCAGAACUUCAUCUUACCUGGCUGGGCUCUAUCUCCCGACCACCUGGGACAGCCUGGCUUCCCUUCAGCGCUGUUAGGGUCAAUUACUGCCUUCCCCAUCACCUUGUGACCGGGGCCCUCCUGAGUGGAGAAGCCAGCCUAGGUGCUGAGUCAACCCUGGGAAGAGGGAUGGGUAGCCAGCUGGGCUACUUGUGGCUGGAAGGAAUGUAUUAGACCAGCAGACCUCUAGAAGCUGAGUUUCACUGUAGGUUAGGUUGGGGAGUGGAUGUCUAACCAAAGCCCUAGAGCAGGGCUUGGUGUGAGGGGAAAGCUCUGCUGACCCUUCGUAAGCUGCUCAACAUCUCAAGGCCAUACUCUGAAAUGUAGGAAAACCUCUUUGUGUGACCUGAACUGGUGUCACCAAUAUACCAAACUGCAGUUGGCAUCACCCUGUUUUACAGGGCUCAGCGCCCUUGUACAUAUGAAGCCUUAAAAUGGGAUCUGGCUGCUGCACUGGGUAGUGUUCUUGUUGCUGCUGCUUCUCUGUGGGCAAGGACUGGCAGGAGAGCUUGUUCUGGUCCCUGCUGAAGGGGCAUGUAACAUGAUUUCAGUGCUCAGAAUUCAUCACUUCAGGAGCUGUAGGCUGACAGUCCAGCUGAGAUGGAGCAUUCCCUGUCUAGCCUCCUUCUCCCUUCACUGCCCUCCCCCCUCUGGCUCUUCAUAAAGUCCUCUCUUUUGCCCAAAAUAGUAACAAUACUUUAAACUCCUUAUGCUUGGCAUUUCAAAGGAGGCUGUUCCCUACGUGUGCUUUACUCUCCCUUCCUCCAAUUGUUCCUGUUAGCUGUGAUCUUUUUCUAUGGGCUGUGGCACUUGGUAAUUUAUAUGCUGUCAGGGUCAGUCUGGGCUGCUGUUCUGAACCGAUUUCACACCUUAUAUGGCAGCGUUUCCUGGGCCAGCUCCUUCCUCUGCUCCUCAUUGCUCCAGGGCAGUAGGACCAGUAUGGGGCCAAAGGAAGACAAUGCAAUACCAUCACCUUCUGGUAAUGCCUAGAGGACUUCGAAGGGGUGUGUAAAUGCACAGCCGCUGGGGCUGGGUAUGUGCUAAGGAGAGAGGCAAGACAGGCUCUGCUGUUACGCAGGAGUGAAGAAAAUACACCAGCUUUCAGGCUUGUAAAGCCUUCCAGGGUCAGGAGCUACUGGAAGCGUUAAUCUGCUGUGGGGCCACAGGGCCAGUCUGUGCUAACUCCCAGCAUCAUGCAGGGGUGUGGGGCAGGGACCUACAAUCUUCUGGUGAAGAGUCUAAUCUUGGGUGGGGGGCUCCUGACCCCUUCCCCAUUACAUCCAGCUGCUGUUCUCAGAGGUGCUUCUGAAGAGGAAGGAGAGCUUCUGCUUCCUCCUUGGAUCUCCCCUGCUCUUCCCUGGGUGGCCAAAGGGGGAUGCACCAACAUCACUGCUGGGAAGGUGCUGGGCUCAGCUGCUGUAAGCUGAUUUUUGAGACUGUGCUGCUAUGGGUGGCAAUAGGUGGGGGGCUGCUCUGGUGUGGGAGGGUGCAUGCUGGCUGGCCUCCCCACAGCACAGGGUGGUGCAGCACUGCCCACCUUUGAAGGCUCCAGCUGGCUUAAGCCUCAGGAGGCAGAGCAGGAGCCUGGCGCCAGGUACAGCAUGGUACUGUGCUGAGAGGAAGGUGAAAACAGUUAAUAAUAAUCCACCCUCAGCUAAUCACAGGCUGAUGAGAGGCACAGGCUUUGUCAAGCUGCUUUGCACAGGCCAAGGUGCUAAUCAGCUGCAUGGUGUCCCCAGCAGCCCCUGGCUGUGCUGGUGCAACUGAAGAACAGGCUUGGUGGGUCUGGUGCAGCCCCACAACCCCAGACACUAUGGCUCCAACAUGCAGAGCAGCAUGGCCACUGGGGCCACAGCUUUCUUGCUCAUGUGAAGGCUCAAAUAUGCUCUCUGCAACUUGCACCAGCAUAACUGAACAUGGAAGAAAUGCAUUUUUCCAGCUUGGCACCAGGGCUUCCCCUCAGCAGGGAGGGUGGACAGAGAUCAGGUCUGCUGGAAGGAUGUAUAACUGAGGGCAGUGUGCUGGGUUGAUGGUGCUUUGGGUGGCUCUUGCAUGAUAGCCAAGCUGGCUUUGCAAUGUAAACCAACCUUUUGUUUUGCAUCAGGCUUCAUGCCCUUGCCAUCCCCUUUCUGGCCUUUGGGGUGACUAUAGCUGUAUGGUUCCAGCUUAUGCCCCCCCUUAUUUUUUCCAAAUAGCAUUUGGCUUCUAAAUGUAGUACUAAACUCCCUGUAAAAGUAGCUAUUCUAGCAUGGAGCAGGCAGCCCUGGCUGCAGCACAGAGGCUGCAUGUAGCAGAACAAGGCUAACUGCUAUGUGCAGGUGACACUACAGCCCUGACUGCCAAGAACAAGGCCCUAGGCUGCUCUGGCACAGCUGGUCACUGCUUGCUGAUUGCCCACAGAGGCCCACCUCAAGAGGCAGGACACAGACAUCACUGUGCUUUUAGUUGAGCCUUAUUCCUCCCCACCACAGCUGGCACCAAAGCAGGCAGGAGCUGGGCAGAGGGCACUGCUUUAGGCCCAGGCCACUUUGGAGCUAGUUCACUGCUCUGGGGAAGCUGAGGCAAGUCAGGGGUACUUCCUCCCUAACCCCACUGCAGGGCUAGAGCCCUGCAAAGUGUCAGUAUGAUACACUCUGAUUAGGGAUGGAGGGCUAGGAAGUCACCCUGGCUACAGCUUCCCCCUGUGGUGGAGCUGCUGUGCCUGUAGUCAGGAACAGACACAGAAGUACAGCCAUGGCACAGCUGCCACCUCCUCCCAGGACUUCAGAGCUGUGCUAGGCUCAGGCUGCCUGAAGCCAGCCCUGAAGAGCAAGAGCUCCACCCCUUGUUCAGAUCCCAAACCUCAGGGAGGAAGAGCUUGGUUCUAUGAGCCACAGCCUUUUCUUCCAUCAGACUCCAUAAAAAAAAA